UGUUGCGGGAGGGGAUAUCCCAAUUUGUUUUUCUUCGAUUUUAUUCUACUUCUAAGUAAUAUAGGGUGAAAAGGAAGGCUUUUUUCCAGGACACAACUUCAGCAGCUCAACUAAGCCUAGUUUUAUAAUGUAACCAUACAUAUUCAACGAUUCUUGGUCAUCCGUGUCGCCGAUCAAGAAAACAAAUUAGCAUUUGGUAAUCGGUUAGUUCAUACGGUGUAGCGUAUAGUUUAGUUUUUGUUCGUUAGUCACCCGCAACAGUUCACUGUGCCGUUGUGCAGCAUGGCCAGUGAUAACAAGAUGGCAGGCGGCAGCAAGCUUGCUCUGCCUGUGAGCAGUGAAGACAACACUAGCAUACUCGCUGUGAUCUACAGGUUCUUUAAAAAGGUGUCAAUAGUGGGAGCAGUAUACCUAGUGGGGUACAUGCAAUGGAGCGUGGCGUGGCUGAUUGGGCCGGUAAUCCUGUCGGUGGUGCGCGACCAGUGGCGGCGCGAGAACCAGUACCGCCGGAACCUGGCCAAGGCGGCCGCCACGUCCUCCGAGAAAGACGUCGUCCUUGCAAGGCUGGAUGAUCUGCCCUCUUGGGUGUUCUUCCCGGAUGUUGAACGAGCUGAAUGGCUAAACAGAAUCCUGCUACAAGUAUGGCCCAACGUGAACCACUACGCGCGCAGCCUGCUGAAGGACGCGAUCGAGCCCGCCGUGGCCGAGAGUCUCGCCAACUACAAGCUCAACGGGUUCAAGUUCGAGCGCAUGAUCCUCGGCACUAUUGCGCCUCGUAUCGGUGGAGUGAAGGUGUAUGACAAGAAUCUCUCGAGGAAUGAAAUCAUCAUGGACGUGGAUUUAUUUUAUGCCGGGGACUGUGACAUAUCCUUCGUCCUUCAACGCAUUCGCGGUGGCAUCAAAGAUCUUCAGAUCCACGGCAUGGUCCGCGUGGUGAUGAAGCCGCUGAUCAGCAAGAUGCCGCUGGUGGGCGGGCUGCAGGUGUUCUUCCUCAACAACCCCAACAUCGACUUCAACCUCGUCGGCGCCGCGGACGUGCUGGACAUGCCCGGAUUUAGCGACAUCCUCCGGCGGUGCAUAGUGGAGCAGGUGGCCAAGAUGAUGGUGCUCCCCAACAAGUUGCCUAUCAAACUCAGCAAUGAGAUACCCACUGUGGACCUGCGCAUGCCCGAGCCUGAGGGCGUUCUGAGAAUUCAUCUAGUCCAAGCACAAAAUCUUAUGAAAAAGGAUGUUUCCAUGUUGGGUAAGGGUAAGUCGGACCCGUACGCGAUCAUAACAGUGGGCGCGCAGCAGUGGAAGACCAAACACAUCGAUAACGACGUCAACCCACGCUGGGAGUACUGGUGCGAGGCGAUAAUAAGUUCACGGGAGAGCCAGACGUUGCAGUGCGAGCUGUGGGACUGGGACCCGGGAAUGGGAAUACAGAACGAUGAUUAUCUCGGCAGAUGCUCACUAGAUAUAUCGCAAGUUGUUAAAGCUGGCCGCUUAGACACGUGGCAAACCCUUCAGCAAGCGAAGCACGGCAAGGUGCACCUGCGUCUGUCGUGGCACCGGCUUUCUUCUGAUGUUUUGGAUCUCAGUCACGCAUUAACAGAAACGCAACUGGUCAAGAAUGGUGAGCUCAGCUCCGCAGUACUAUCGGUGUACAUAGAUUCCUGCAAGAAGUUACCCAAUGCGCGUGCGUCGUCCAAACCGGACCCGUACCUGACGGUGACGCUCGGUAAGAAGACAGAGAACACCGCGGUACAGAUGCGCACCGACGACCCCGUCUACGAGAUCGGCUACUCGUUCCUCGUGCAGAACCCCGAGAUUGACCUGCUCGAAGUCCAGGUGUUGGACCAGAAGACGGGUAGCCAGCUAGGCCAGCUGACGUACUCGGUGGCGUCGCUGCUGCGGCAGAAGGACCUCAGCAUGAUCACGCAACCCAUCAUGCUGCAGAAGUCCGGACCCGAGUCCAAGAUCAUCAUGUCCUGCCAACUGAGGAUAUUGAAAGAGGCUGUGAAAGAGGAUUACGCCGAUGAGGAAGAUCUGCCGCCUGCUCCGAGCAACUCCGCCCCCGCCGCCGCGCCCGCUGCCCCGCCCGCGCCCGCAGAUGCUGUCAACGGCAACCUCACCGAUACUGCCUCUAACGUAUCAGCACCGUCAAAUGCAGACUUGAAGAAUAUGCCAGAUGACGUCACAGAUUCAGCUUCACAAAAGUCGAUACCAGUAGAGCACAUAGAGAAAGCUGUUGAUGUACCCCAAGAAAGCCAAGCGCCAUCUAGUCGUGAUUCCCCGAAACUAGUACACAGGACGUCUUCAAUAACUACAUCUGCGGGCGAAGCUGGAUUAGGUCGAAUUCUGAUCUCACUUCGCUACAGCAUGCCAAAUCAAACACUGUUCGUCGUUGUACACAAAAUUAUGAACAUACCAUUAAAAGACCCCUCCAAUGUGCCGGAUCCUUAUGUAAAAUUGUACUUACUUCCUGGACGUUCAAAGGAUUCCAAAAGAAAAACAGUGGUGGUAAAAGACAGCUGUAUGCCGGAAUACGACGAGCAGUUCGAGUGGGUGAUACCACACGCGGAGCUGCAUUCCAGACAGGUGGAGGUGACUGUCGCCACGCACAAGGGAUUCCUCGCCGGCAGCCCCAUCAUAGGACAGGUAAUAAUUCAUCUAAACCAGUACAAUUUCCGGGAAGCAAAGACUUUAUGGUUCGAUUUGCUGCCGGAGUCUGCACCCAAAGAUUAGAAUUAUGUAGAAUGGCCUGUCAAUUAUGAUUUUUCUAUGUUUACCUUUUUUUUCUACCUAUCCCUAUAUUCGGACAUUUGCCAUAAUAUAUGAUCUGUCUUGGUCGUGAUAUUUGUGCACUGUUUAUUUGUGUAAGUCAUGUGAAACUAAAUUCUCUAACUAUUGCUUUUGCAAGGGCUCUGCAGAUGUUUAUUUACAAUUUAUUUAUUGUGUAUUCUAAAUACUUUUAUUCUGUAAGCCUUUGUUAAUCAUAGUCGAACUUUACUUAUUUAUACUUGUUACAUCAUUUUACAAAUGUUCCUGUUGAGAAUGCAUCUAUUUAUAUCUGUAAAUGGAGUGUGUAAUCUUUUUAUCUUGUGUAAUUAUUUUUUCUUAAUUUAACAAAUACUGUUUGAAUAUAUCUGUUAAUCUUAUAUUUCAGCUUAUGAAGCAUUAUUGUAUGCAUUUAUUUUGGAUAGUUUAAAAAACUAUUUUUGUUUUGAUACAUGCAACGCUUUAAGUGUAUGCCUUUAUUUACUUAAUAAAGUAUUGAAAGAAGUGUAA